AUGAACAUUAUCAUUUCCUCUCAGUUUUUCCUCCUUUCACUUCUUUCCAUUUGCUUCACAUUGCUUGCUUUUGGAGCCUCCAAUUUGCCACAGGAUGAAGUGCAAGCGUUGAAAGAUAUAGGUAAAACACUUGGUAAGAAGGAUUGGGACUUCAACAUAGAUCCAUGCAACUGGAGCAUGACAGAAACCAUGAUAUAUGGGGAAGAAAAUAAGGUCUCUUGCAAUUGCUCUAUGCUCAAUGACAACUUCUGCCAUGUUGUUAAAAUAGUUCUGAAAUCACAAAAUCUUCAAGGCACGCUCCCACCAGAACUGAUCAGGUUGCCUUACCUCCAAGAAAUUGACCUUACCCGUAACUACCUUAGUGGUACAAUUCCUAGAGAAUGGGGCUCCUCAAAACUUCAACAAAUUUCACUUCUUGGUAACCGAUUAACUGGUCCAAUCCCAACUGAGCUAGCAAACAUAACCAACCUCAAACGUUUGAUCCUCGAAUUCAAUCAAUUUUAUGGAAAUCUUCCUCCAGAACUUGGAAAUCUGUCUCACAUUGAGCAACUACAUCUAAGCUCCAACAACUUUACUGGAGAAUUGCCUGGAACUCUUGCUAGGCUUACUACAUUGAAGGAAUUCCGAAUUAGUGACAAUCAGUUCUCUGGCAACAUACCUGAUUUUAUUCAAAGAUGGACAAGUCUGGAAGAACUAGUGAUUCAAGGGAGUGGUUUAAGUGGUCCAAUUCCUUCUGGGAUUUCGUUUCUGCAAAAGUUAAUCGACUUGAGGAUUAGUGACUUGAAUGGAACUGAUUCUACUUUUCCUAGAGUUGAUAAUAUGAAAGGACUGAAAACAUUGAUAUUAAGGAGUUGCAAUAUUAAUGACACACUUCCUCAUUAUCUUGCAAACUUGACACUUUUGCAAGUCUUAGACCUUAGCUACAACAAAUUAAGUGAAGACUUUCCAAGAAAUAUUAAAGAUUUAACAGGAGCAACCUACAUAUAUUUAACAGGAAACUUUCUUUCUGGACCAGUGCCUGAGUUGACAAAGAGCACUGAUAGAAAUUUAGAUCUUUCAUAUAACAACUUCACUGUUGAAAACCAAGAACCAGAGACAUGUUAUGCACAAAAUGUGAACUUGUUUGCAAGCUUUCGAAGGAAUAACUCAGGACCAGUUUCUUGCAACAGCAGCACUAGAAUCUGUACUAAAACCGUUAAAUCCCUACAUAUAAAUUGUGGUGGAAAACAGACUACCAUUGGAGGUAUAACAUAUGAAGAAGAUAUUGAUCCAGCUGGACCAGCAGUAUAUAAAGAGAGUAGAGGCAACUGGGCAAUUAGCAACACCGGCCACUUCUUGGAUAAUAAUACUUCACCAUUUCUUCCCUAUACCUCAGAAAAUCAAACUAGGCUUUAUAUGACUGAUACUGAACUAUAUAAGAAUGCACGUAUUUCCCCCGUAUCUUUGACUUACUAUGGAUUUUGCCUGGAAAAUGGGGACUACACAGUAAAGCUCCGCUUUGCUGAGAUAAUGUUCACUGAUGAUAACACAUAUAGUAGCUUAGGGAGGCGUCUAUUUGAUGUCUACAUUCAGGGAAAGCGGGUACUGAAGGAUUUCAACAUUGCAAAUGAAGCACAAGGAGUUGGCAAGGAACUUAAAAAACAAUUUCCUGCUCAUGUGAGUAGUAAUGACUUAGAGAUCCGCUUCUAUUGGGCUGGCAAAGGGACAACAUAUAUCCCAUAUAAAUCAAUAAAUGGUCCUCUUAUAUCAGCUAUAUCUGUCAAGUAUAUAUCUGUCAACUGUGGUGAGUUGUCUUCUAACAUGUCUGCAGGGGCUAUUGUUGCAAUUGUGGCUGCAGCAGUGGUUGCUGUCAUCUUGAUUGUUGUUGGCAUGCUUUGGUGGAGAGGUUAUCUAGGGAAAAAGCAUUUACUAGUGAGAGAGUUGAAGGAUUUAGAUUUGCAAACUGGUUUAUUUACCUUACAUCAAAUCAAAGCAGCAACAAAUAAUUUUGAUAUUUCCAAUAAGAUUGGAGAAGGAGGCUUUGGUCCUGUUUAUAAGGGCAUUCUGUCUAAUGGCACAGUAAUAGCAGUCAAACAGCUUUCACCUAAAUCAGAGCAAGGAAAACGUGAGUUCAUAAAUGAGAUAGGCAUGAUCUCAGCUUUGCAACACCCUUGUCUUGUUAAACUCUAUGGCUGUUGUGUUGAGGGAGAUCAGUUGUUGUUAGUAUAUGAGUACAUGGAAAACAAUAGCCUUGCAAAAGCUUUAUUCGGCCCAGAAGAAUGCCGUUUAAAGUUGAACUGGCCAACAAGGAAGAAGAUUUGUGUCGGUAUUGCUAGAGGUUUAGCUUUCUUGCAUGAAGAAUCAAAACUGAAAGUUGUUCACAGAGACUUUAAGGCUGCUAAUGUGUUGCUUGACGAAGACUUGAACCCAAAGAUAUCUGAUUUUGGUUUGGCCAAGCUGAAUGAGGAGGAUAAUACUCACAUAAGCACCAGAAUAGCUGGGACCUAUGGAUAUAUGGCUCCUGAGUAUGCCAUGCAUGGCUAUUUGACCGACAAAGCAGAUGUCUAUAGUUUUGGAAUUGUUGUUUUGGAGAUUGUAAGUGGAACAAGAAACACUCUUCACCGGUCAAAGGAAGAAGCAGUCUAUCUUCUUGAUUGGGCACGUCUAUUGGAAGAGAAAGGUAAUCUAAUGGAGCUAGUUGAUAAAAGGUUGGUUUCAGAUUUCAAUGAAGAGGAGGUAAUGAUGAUAGUCAAAGUGGCACUCCUAUGCACCAAUGCCACUUCAAACCUUAGGCCAACCAUGUCUUCAGUGCUAAGCAUACUUGAAGGCAUAACAGUGGUUCCAGAAUUUGUUUCACAUCAAAGUGAGGUAAUGGAUGAGAUGAGGUUGGAGGCAUUGAGAAAUUUUUACAGUAAGAUGGAAGAAAAUAAAAUAAGAGAGGCACAAAGUUUGAGCUUGUCAAUUAAUGUGCCAUGGACUGCUUCAUCUUCAUCAGCUGCAAACCUCAAUGAUGUCCACCGUAAUUCUUCCUAUUGGGAGGGAAAGAAAUUAAUGAAGUUUGUAUAAAUUGCACCUAUCUGUGUAAGCUUGGCAAUGAUUUUUUCUAAAAAGUGAGAAUUGAGAAUUUUUUUUAUUUUUAUUUUUAAACUGACACUUAAAGGUCAAUGUGCCAAAAAUACUGU